AUGACAAACUCAUCGAAUCUGACAGGCAAGAGCGUCGUUGUCACAGGAGGUGCAUCAGGCAUCGGCCUCGCACUCGUUCAAUUCUUCGCCAGCUAUGGCUGUAAGAUAGCUCUUCUUGACAUCUCACCUGAAUCGGCAGCCCAUGUGCAAGCUGUUCUCUCCUCGCUCCGCACACAGUAUCCCGCUUCGACAUUCAUCUACCAGAAGUGCGAUGUCUCUUCUUGGAAGGAGCAAGCCGCUGCUUUCAAAACUUUUUAUAAUGAGAUAGGGAGUAUCGAUAUCGUGUGUGCAAAUGCUGGGAUCGUGGAAGCUGGAAAGUUUCUAGAGAAGGAUGAAGGGGAGCCCAGGAAACCGAAUCUGAAGACGUUGGACGUGGAUUUGAAUGGGGUUUUGUUUUCGAUUAAACUAGCAGCUCAUUACAUGCAUAAAAAUUCUUCUCGGGAGAAGGGCUCGAUUAUUUGCACGGCUUCAAAUGCGGGAAUCUACCCAUUUCCUAUGGCGCCUAUGUAUGCCAUUGCCAAGCAUGGUAUCGUGGGUGCUGUGAGGUCAUUUGCCGAAGCUCUGCAAUCUGAGGGGAUUCAAAUCAAUGCUUUGUGCCCGAAUUGUAUAGCAACGGGUAUCGCAGACGAUAAAUUAAUGUCGAGCAUGCAGCUUACACCAAUGAGCACACUGUUGAAUACUGUGAAGGAGUUUUGUCUGGAUCACAGCUUGACGGGCGUUACAGCUGAGAUCAGUGGGGAGAAGGGGACACAUAGGCGGCCGCCGGAGUAUGUGGAUGAGAUUACAAGGGAGAACCUGGAGAUGUUUGUUAAGUUGGGGUAUGCGUAAAAGGCACCCGAUCCUCUGGUAUGCCAUGGGUCUUUCAUGCAGUGUCUCAGCUUAAUGGAACGGUUUAAUUCUUUGGUCAUUAUGCAUAGCGAAUGGGAUUGGCAAAGACUUCACGAAUGUUCAAUUCCAGUUCAUCAAUAUCAAGAACAAGAUAUAU